AUGAGAGCCUACUCCAGUCCGCCCACCCGGCUGCUGGCCACCCGGCCGUGCUGCGGCCCCGGCCCCGAGCGGCGGCCCGUGCCGGGCGAGGCGCCGCGCUUCCACGCGCUGGCCAAGGGCAAGAACGUGCGCCUGGACGGCCACUCGCGCCGGGCCACGCGGCGCAACAGCUUCUGCAACGGCGUGACCUUCACGCAGCGGCCCAUCCGGCUGUACGAGCAGGUGCGCCUGCGGCUGGUGGCCGUGCGGCCGGGCUGGAGCGGCGCGCUGCGCUUCGGCUUCACGGCGCACGACCCGUCGCUCAUGAGCGCGCACGACAUCCCCAAGUACGCCUGCCCGGACCUGGUCACGCGGCCCGGCUACUGGGCCAAGGCGCUGCCCGAGAGCCUGGCGCUGCGCGACACGGUGCUGGCCUACUGGGCCGACCGCCACGGCCGCGUCUUCUACAGCGUCAACGACGGCGAGCCGGUGCUCUUCCACUGCGGCGUGGCCGUGGGCGGCCCGCUCUGGGCGCUCAUCGACGUCUACGGCAUCACCGACGAGGUCCAGCUCCUAGAGAGCGCCUUCGCGGACACGCUGCCCCCCGCGCGCCUGGGCCAGGCCCGGCUCAGCGCCUGCGCGGCCCCCGGCAGCCUGGACGCCGCCAACCUGGACAACAACGAGCUGGAGAGCGGCCAGGUGGUGGCCAAGCUGGGCCAGCUGGCGCUGGGCCGCGCCCCGGGCCCGCCGCCCGCCGCCCCGCCGCCGCCCCCCGCGCCCGCGCCCGGGGCCCUCGCCGCCGCCGCCGCCAUCCCCUGCGCGGCCGCCCGCGACCGGCCGCGCCCCGCGUCCUCGCCCGCGCUGCUCGAGGCGGACGCGCGCUUCCACGCCACGCGCGGGCCCGACGUGAGCCUGUCGGGGGACCGGCGCGUGGCGCUGGCGCCGCGGCCCGACGGCGGCCGCACGCUGGUGUUCGCCGAGCGGCCGCUGCGGCCCGGCGACGGCCUGCUGGUGGAGGUGGGCCGGCCCGGGCUGGCGGCGCCCGGCGCGCUGGCCUUCGGCGUCACGUCGUGCGACCCGGGCGCGCUGCGGCCCGCCGAGCUGCCGGCCGACCCCGACGCGCUGCUGGACCGCAAGGAGUACUGGGUGCUGGCCCGCGCCGGGCCCGUGGCCAGCGGCGGCGACGCGCUCAGCUUCACGCUGCGGCCCGGCGGCGACGUGCUGCUGGGCGUCAACGGCCGGCCGCGCGGCCGCCUGCUCUGCGUGGACACCAGCCAGGCGCUCUGGGCCUUCUUCGCGCUGCGCGGAGGGGCCGCCGGCCAGCUGCGCCUGCUGGGCACCCUGCAGUCCAGUCCUGCAACCACCACGCCCUCCGGGUCCCUGAGUGGCUCCCAGGAUGACAGCGAUUCCGACAUGGCCUUCAGUGUCAACCAGUCAUCCUCUGCCUCAGAGUCAUCUCUGGUGACGGCCCCCAGCUCCCCACUGAGCCCCCCUGUCUCCCCCACGUUUUGUGCCCCAGAGCCGGCGGGCAGUAAGAACAGCGAAUGCACUGUGUGCUUCGACGGCGAGGUGGACACGGUCAUCUACACGUGCGGACACAUGUGUCUGUGCCACAGCUGCGGCUUGCGGCUCAAGAGACAGGCACGGGCCUGCUGCCCCAUCUGCCGGAGGCCACUCAAGGACGUCAUCAAGAUUUACCGGCCCUAACGCCGAUGCGCCCAGCUGCUUCCUCUCUCUGAAGCACCCCCAGACCUGGAUGGGCCAGACCCGCUGGAGAAUCCAGAGGCCACAGCCAGCUAGCUCAGUGGCCCCUCUCCAGGGCUGGGCAUAGCCAGACCUUCCGAGAUGAGGCCUCUGCAGGGGAGCUCAGAGCCCACCCCAGCUUGGCUAAGGGGUACUCUGGCUCCAGAGUGCUUUGCACCCUGCAAAAGGCCAUCUCAAGAGCAAGUUCAGGACCUGCCUGCUAUGGCCUGUCCUGCCCUGGGCCAGGUCCCAGGUCCUCGAGUGGGCACUGCAUUUUGCUGGGGUGGGGAAACAGAAAGAAAAGUGGGUGAG